AUGAGUAGGCAGUUGCAUAGCUUUUCUGACAUUAGAAAUGCAUCACUUAAUAGUUUUGCGAUUAGACCAUCCAGCAUCAAUGAUCCUUUAGUGGCAACCGUUGGAGAGGAUGGAAAAAUCGUGAUUGUGAGAAUUGAAGACUCAAUAAGAGAUCACGUUAUAGAAAAAGCUGAUUCCUCUUCAAUAAAAGCAAUUUUGUGGCCCAGAUCGAAUGAGAUUAUCAUAGCGAAUGGAUGUGGACAAUUGAGAUUAUUUGAUCCGAGGGAAAGCAAACUUACAACAAUAUGCUAUGAUCCAAAUAACGUUAGAAUUCCAAUUAACUGUUUAACAUUUCAUCCUUCAAAGGUAUAUAAGGUUGCAUCGGGUAACAACAAAGGUGGCGUGACAAUAUGGGACACGAGAAAAUUGUCGGAACCGGAAAAGCACGCCCAACCACAUAAGUCUAGAGUGUGGGAUUUGUUUUAUCAUCCAUAUUAUCAAGAAUUAUUGUUUAGCUGUUCUGAAGACGGAACGAUUGGUGCCAUUAAUUUCGCAGAUUCUGUACCUAUAAGAAAAAUCGGUUUCAGGUCCAAUGAGCUUCCUAUAAACUCUCUUGAUUAUCAUCCACAUUCGAAAUUAUUGAUUGGUGGAGGUGAUAAUGAAAAUUUACUUUAUACUCUUAUAUAA